AUGGCGGGGAUGAUGCAGAUGAUCGUCCCACUCAUUCCCCAGAUUGUGCAGCUAGCGGCUCCCUCGAUCAACCUGACACGGCAAAGGCCGAGCAGGGAACAAGUCGGGAUUGGAGAAGCCCGAGAGCAGACGAUGGACCCGAGAGGUGUUCUGAUGGGUUUGAAGCCUUCAAGAUUUUUCUGGUCGUUGAUCGAGAAGUCACCAUCAAUCAUCCCCGAGAUGCUCCAGCGCACCAACCAGUACAUCGCCGCCGAAGCUUUGGUGGCAGGAAAGCGCAUGGACGGAAAGAGGCCAAGGGCGGAACAAUCCCAAGGAACGACCUUAGCAGCCCAGGUGCAACCCCGCCGGAGGCCCGACCGACAAGAGCUGCUGCUCCCGAGGUUCCACCGAGACUACGGCCAUGACACGGAAGACUACCGCGACCUCCAGAAUCAAAUCAAGGACCUGAUCCAAAGAGGUCACCUCGGGCGCUAUCUCAAGGAACCCCAGGAAGUAACUCAAUGCCCCAGGGGACCCGUCGAAAGGAAGAUCGACGUCAUCUCCGGAGGACCGGUAGCUGGCGGUAGCAGCUCCACGGCGAGGAAAGCCUACGCCCAGAGCGUGGUCGAGAAAUGUCCCCGACCCAAGCUCGAGCCCGAAAUCACUUUCGGAGCCAAAGAGGUUGAGCGCUCCCAUCACGACGAUGCUUUGGUGAUCUCUAGUCAGAUCGCCAACGCUCGGGUCAAAAGAGUAAUGGUCGACACCGGGAGUUUUGCCGACGUACUAUACCUCGAUGCCUUCAAGAAGUUCAGCUUGACUAAGGAGGACCUCACCCCCAUGGCGUCAGCACUCACUGGGUUCACGGGGGAUUCUAUCUCCCCGCUCGGGACCACCAUCCUCCUUGUCACCAUCGGGGAAGAGCCAAGAGCAAAGAUGAUAAUGACUACCUUCAUGAUAGUCGAUCUACCCUCGACCUACAACGUCAUCCUCGGCUGA